AUGACGAAGACUCUCGCGGUCCUCGGCGCGACAGGCCACCAAGGCGGCUCUGUGAUCAACAACCUCCUGGCUGACCCUGAGCUGUCCCACCAGUACUCCAUUCGCGCCAUCACCCGGAACACAGCCUCCAGCAAAGCCGUUGCUCUGAGCAAGCAAAGGGUCGAGGUAGUCCAAGCCAACACCAAUGACCCAACCUCUUUGGCCCGGGCCUUCUCCGGCGCAGACUACCUCUUCCUAGUCACCACGCCUGCCCUCGGACCAGACGCCAUGGCUACUGAAAUGGCCACGAUCAAGUCCAUCGCCGACACCGCUGUUGCCAGUGGCGUGCAGUAUAUCAUCUUUAGCACACUUCCCAACUACAGCGCCAUCUCGGGCGGCAAGUAUACCGCUGUGACGCCUUUUGAUGCGAAGGCUCUGGGCGAGGAGUACAUCCGAUCCCUUCCGGUCAAGUCUGCGUUCUGGUGCGGAGGCUACUUCAUGGAGAACUGGCAUGAGCAGCCCUUCCUGCUUCCGAAGCCUAGUGCUAGAGACGAUGGAUCGUAUGUUAUGCAGCGCAACGUGCCAGGAACAGUGCGCAUUCCUUACGUUGCCGCUACUGAGGAUUGUGGGAAGUCCGUGAAUGCGAUCCUUGCGGAGCCGGAGAAGUAUGCGGGCGAGGUGUUUCAUGCUGCGGUUGCGACGUACUCGUUGGAGGAGCUGGCAGCGAUCCUAUCGAAGGCCACCGGGAAGACGGUGCGAUAUGAGCAGGUCAGUGACGAGGAGUUUUCAGAGCAGGUGCCCAUGUGGCAGGAAGUAUUUGUGCAGAUCUACAAGUUCAAGGAGGGGUUUGGUGGCUACUUCGGGCCUGGCACCGAAGAGAAGGUGCAAUGGGCGAAGGAGAGGGUCAGGGGCAGAUUGACGACGCUGGAAGAGUAUCUGGAGGCAUAUCCAGUUGUCUCGCAGUAG